AUCCAGACUGCAUCUACAAACAUUUGUGAAAGAAUGGGUCACUCUCAGGAGCUCAGUGUCAGUGAAUUCAAGCGUGGUACUGUGAUAGGUUGCCACCUGUGCAAUAAGUCCAUCUAUGAAAUUUCCUUGCUACUAAAUAUUCCACAGUCAACUGUUAGUGGUAUUAUAACAAAGUGGAAGCAACUGGGAACAACAGCAACUCAGGCACGAAGUGAGGGGGGUAAGUGCAUCGCACAGUGCGCAGAAGUCGCCAACUGUCUGCAGAGUCAAUAGCUAAAGACCUCCAAACUUCAUGUGGUCUUCAGAUUAGCACAACAACAGUGCCUAGAGAGCUUCAUAGAAUGGGUUUCCAUGGC